AAAAGUCAAAACACUGAAACUGAUAAGAAGCGAAUAUCAAAAUAAUCUCAACAUUUCUGCAAUGAUUUGAUUGAAAAAAUUUCAAUUAGUGAAGUGAAGUUUCGAUCGAGAGUUCUAAACAAUAAUCGCAUUAGAUUGAUUAAUUCUAUUGAGAAAGAUAAAAACUGAUCGUUCAGUUAUAAAGUUGAAAUACGUGAAAGGAUAGUGUUUCCUAAAUAGGUAAUUUUCCAUUAACUUUUAUCCAGUUCAGAGCAGUGUUUAUGAAUUCAGAAGUUUUCUUGAGAAAAUGAAUACUGAGGAAGUCGUCGCUCAACCCGAGAGCAAUAUUAUUGAAUCGCACGGAUCCGAAAUUGAAGAUCCCGUGCCCACUCAAAAUGGGGAACUCGAAUCGUCAUCGAAGGAACCUGAGCUCGCAGCUGAUUUGAAAGACAAACCAUCUGCUGAUGUAGAAUCUGCUUCUGCGGCUCAAUCGAAAUCCAAAUCGCUCAAGCCUCGUAAAAAAGAUGACUGCAACGUACAACAUGUAUUAAGAGCUCUUAACAGUUUAACGACACCGGAAGAGAAAUUAGCUGCUAUGUGCAAAAAAUAUGCCGAUUUGUUCGACGAGAAUAGAAAACUACAAUCGAGUGUGAAACAAUUUCAAAAACAAAUGACUGUUUUGGUCAAAGAAAAAGAUCAAGUUCGUACCGAUUUGGCUAAAUCGGUUUUAACACGUAGUAGAUUGGAAAGCCUAUGUAGAGAGUUACAGCGUCAGAAUAAAGUCAUCAAGGAAGAAAGUUAUCAAAAAAUUCGCGAAGAAGAAGAAAAACGUAAAGAAGUUUCAGCCAAAUUUCAAGUUACAUUGAACGAAAUAACCGAACUAAUGAAACAAGAUAGCGAUAAAACGAUGAAACUUCGUGACGAUAAUAUCGAUAUGACGAGUAAAUUGAAAUCAAUUUAUGAACAAUAUGAAAUCAGAGAACAACAAAUUGAAAAAAUGGCUAAACAAAUGGCUCUGGAAACGCAACUCUACGAAGCCAAAUUAUCCAAAAUGGAAAUGGAAUUCGCUGCUGAGAAAGAGAUACUUCUUCGCGAAAAACAGCAAUUAUUAAUGACUUUAACGGAAUACCAAGCACGUCUUCAAGAAUACCAAAAUAUCGAGCUAGCUUUGCGAAACCAAGUUGCUCUGUAUAACAAUAAAUACGAAGAAUUCGAGAAAUCUUUAACCAGAAGUAAUAAAAUGUUCGGUGGAUUUAAAGAAGAAAUGGAAAAUAUGUCCGAUAAAAUAAUAAAACUGGAGCACGAAACUGCUGCUUGGAAACAAAGAUGGGAAAAAACCCAGAACGCUUUGCUGGAGAUGGCAUCAGAAAAACAAAAAUCAGAUCAGGAGAUUAUCGUUGCCGCUAAACAAAUGUCAACUUUACAUAAACUUUGUCGUACAUUGCAAGCUGAACGAACUCAAUUAUUAGCCAAAUUGAAACAAAACAACAUAUCGACCGGUUCAAGUGCAUCUGAAACAGAAUCAAAUACCGAACCAUUGUCCAUCGACGAUCUUCCUGCUCUGAACGACAACGCUGAAAAGAAAUCUAAAAGCUCUCCUGAACUGAAAAUCAAAAAAACCAAAGAAAACGCCUCGGAUAAAGGAAUAAUUAAAACUAGACCGGAAUCGAAUAAAAACAAAUCAAAACUCGAAUCCAACGACGACAACGUAGCUCUCGUUGAUACCGCAGAUACUCUAGUAAAUGGAAUAUCCAAUGUUAAAAUAACCGAUUCCGAUGAUAAUUCAGAUACGAAAUCCGAUCUGCCGGAUGAGCCCUCUUCUAAACAAGAAGAUCAGUGUACGCAUGAUUCUGAAUCUGAACCAUCGUCUGUAAAUGGUAACGUCGACGUAGACGAAUCAACACCUCAAAAUACUUCCGAAAAUUCAUCUCUGGCCGAUAGUUCGCUCAAUCAGAGUAACUGCGAAAUAAAACAAUUCCCUUUUCCUCAAACGGAUAAAUUUUCAUUUACUUACAACGGCAAUAUCCUUAAUGAACUGAAAUGCAAUUCAAAUCAAGUCGAAAGUCUGGCCGAAGAUAAUUGCUGCGGUGAAAGCUCUCAACCGUUCAGCAGUCCUUUUGGAGACAGUUGUUGCGGCAAAGACGACGUCGAGAAUUCUCAGAAAUUCGUGUUAAAAAAAUCAACUCAUAGUUCGAAACGAAAGGUUUCUCCGAAGAAAAAACACAAGAAAUGAAAACGGUGACAUCGGGUUUUAGUAUAUCUUAUCCAAUGCUUUAUAGAGCACAAUUAUCAAGUAUUUAUUUUUUACCUGAAUUUUUCAUGUUAUAAGACAUAAGGUUGUACCUUGUAGUUGUGAAUUGCAUAAUAAAUCUUCGUACUGGAAAA